CAAUUGGUAUGAUAAUAUUUUAUUUAGCAGCGCAAUAUGAAACUGCAUUAUACAUGUGAAGUAUUAGAACUUGCUGGGAACACCAAACGUUUACGACGGACAUUGCAGCAUCUAACAAUCGUAAAACUGCAAAGCCAUCGAGCGUUGACAAUAUCGCGCUUACAAAAGAAAGAGCCGAAAUUUCGCCUUGAAUGACGACCUGUUACGUUCAUGGGCAGAAAUGUCCAGUAGUUUGGCCUUAUCUGCUGACCUGUUUCAGACCAGGGCAAAUAGUUAUAAUAACUCUAGUGAAAGGGUCAGUGUUGACCAUUAUUCGUACAAAUUUCAAACAGGCAAAAACAGUUUGAUGAUUUAGAAACAAUAUAAUGCAAGUGCAAUAUCGGAAUAUGCGUCAAACCAGAUAAAAAGUUACAUGAUGUCAAGCACAACAGUCGAAGGCAUAACUUGUGCAGCCAUCGGAGAAGGUAAUCUUCUUUUGUGUUGCCUUAAAGAACUGCGUCGACGUAAAUUUGUUAUCAAUGCAGUUUUUACGAACACUGAAUAUGUUGAAGCAUUUUGCCACGAAACAAAACUAGUUUGCUACAAACGAAAUGAAGACAUUGUUAAGGUAUUACACAACCAUCGAACGGAUUACUUGUUUAGCAUCUCAAAUCCACGCAUUCUUAGGACAGAUGUACUCCGCAUUCCAAAACAAUUAACCAUAAAUUACCACGACAGUCCACUUCCGACUUAUGCAGGUGUUCAUGCAACAUCAUGGGCAAUAAUACGAGGAGAACGCCACCAUGGUAUAAGUUGGCAUGUUGUUGAAGCUGACAUUGAUACUGGUGAUAUUCUACAAAGUGAAGCGGUUGAAAUUCUAGAAGAUGAUUCAGCUUUCACGUUGAAUUUGAAGUGUGUGGAAGCAUCAAAACGUGCUUUUUCUCGAUUGCUGGAAGAAAUCACAAACGAUGAUAUAAGUAAGGAGAAGCAGUCAAAUAAUGGACGAUCAUAUUUUGGUCUGUACGAAAUACCUCCGAAUAUAGGCGUACUUAACUUUCAUAAAACUAUGGACAAUGUUUAUGAUUUAGCUAGGGGCUUAGAAUUGGGACAUCAUGAAAAUGCGCUUGGUAGUCCAAAAGUGAAAACUUCAACUGGAGAGUUUUUAUUGGUGACCAAUGCUUCAAAACCGUCAAACGAUAAAUAUGUUAAGGCGAAAACACCCGGGACCAUCUUAGAAAUAAUUGACGACACGUUAGUUGUAGCAACCUUGACGAACCCCAUAAACAUCAGUAUUGCAAACCUUGAUGGUACGGCUCUCUCAGAAGGUCUUUUCCGUUCUCAUGGUUUAGUUGUCGGUGAUACGUUAGACGACAUUAUGAAUGUUGAUGUUAGAGAUCUCAUUCCGGUAAGAAAAAAGGAGGCAUUCUGGCGAAAAAGACUUGUACAGUAUGAACCUACCAUGUUCUACAGACAAAAGAUGAAUGUUGUUGCAAGUAUUAUUGACGUAUCUACAAAUGUCAACGUUAAGGCGGUCAAAAUGGAAGUACCUACAUUGAAUGACAACAUCGGUGACAUUUCUGACAGAGGCUUAUUCUUGCAAGCAUGCUUUUUGGCCUUUCUAGCGAGAAUAAAUUGCACCGCAACAGUUCAUGUUGGAUUUUUGACGGAGAAAAAAGACAUACCAAAUGAAUGCAUUGACCUAUAUUCAGAUAUAACACCUGGUAUUUUUGACGUAGACAUCAAUGCAACAGUCAAUGAUGUUUUUGAAAAAUGUCAAAAGGAAAUAAAAUUUCAAAAAGAGGCAAGAACAUUUCUAAACGACAUUUUCUAUCGGUACCCAGAGUUGCACGGCCAUAAGCCUACUCCACAACAUAACCUAGUGCUUGGAGAUUUAAAAGAGCUUAGCGACCAAUAUGUACAGCGCAUUUUAUACAACUGCAACAUACUCAUACUGUUCGGUGGAGAGAAAACGUCAGAGAUAGAAAUUCGUUUCCAUGAUCGACCAGCACAGGAUUUUGGACACAUUCUAGAUGUUCUACAACACUUCACAACAUUCUUGGCAGCUGCCAACGAUAGAAAACAGACAUCGGAUCUCAAAAGCUUGUCGAUGAUUUCCAGGAAUGAGAUGAAUCAAUUUUACAAAGUUUCACCACAGUUGGAAAAUGAUAGAAUCGGAAAUGAAUCAAUAUCCAGUCUUGUAGAUCGUCAAUGCCGACUUACUCCUCUAAGUAUCGCAUUAAAGACAACGUCAUGCAUGAUGACAUACAAUAAAAUGGCAAACGAAGUAGACAUAUUACAAGAUCUACUAAACAAUAAUAUGUUUGUAUCAAACAAUGACAAGAAGAAGCCAGUAGUUGCAAUAUAUGCCCCGAAUUCUAUUUCCUACGUCAUUUCCGUUUUGGCCUUAGCAAAAGGUCGCAUGGCAUUUCUGCCGAUUCCCUAUGAUUUGCCGCCAGAUAGGAUUGUUUUCACACUAAAUGAUUCAAAAGUAAACAAAAUGAUAAUGACCAAAGACAUUUUCGACAAAUGCAAUAUGAAUGGACUGACACCUUUCAUGAGAGUAGUAACAGAGCAUAAAAUUGCUGAUGAAAAUAUUGUCUUGGUUGAAUUUGAUCGUGUUUUUCAGAACGAAAAUGAUCAGCUCAACACAGACAGCAUAGAAAAAGAUUUUUUGUAUUUGAUGUAUACUUCCGGUUCAACAGGUCGCCCGAAAGGAGUAAAGGUGAAAGAAUCAGGUGCAAUUAAUCUCGCACGCGCUCAGAUUAUGUGUUGGGAUAUUGUUCCAGGAGAUGUUGUAGCACAGUUUGCAUCUAUCGGGUUUGAUGCUUCAAUCUCAGAGAUCUUUACCUCCCUACUUUCAGGAGCAUCUUUGGCAGUCCUCAAUCUUUCAGAGAGACUUGGAAAUGACUUUUUGGUAGCAAUGAAUAAGUUGAAAGUUAGUGUUAUAACUCUUCCACCAUCCGCAUUGAAUAUAUACUCCCCCGAAGAUCUACCUUUUCUUAGGAAAGUUAUUGCUGCAGGCGAAGCAUGCACGUUGAAUAUAGCGAAUAAAUGGACAUCUGGAGAAAAUGUUCGAUUUUUCAAUGCUUAUGGCCCAACUGAAGCAACAGUUUGCGCAACUGUGUAUGAGCACUUUCCAGACACAGUUUACGAAGACGUAAAUAGAGACCUUCCAAUAGGAAAAGCUAUAGAUGGUGUGUUUGUAUAUCUCUUUGAUGACUUUAUGCAUCCAAUUCCUCCUGACGUUGUUGGAGAAAUAUACAUUGGAGGUAAAGGUCUUGCUCAUGGAUACAUUGGUCACGCUCAGCACAUGUCUAGGGAAAGAUUUGUGCUGAAUCCGCUUUCUAAAGAACCAUCGCUUCUUUACAAAACAGGUGACCAUGCCUUUCAAGAUGUCGAUGGAAAUAUCACGUAUGUAGGAAGAAGUGAUGAUCAAGUAAAGAUUCGCGGUCAUCGAAUCGACUUAAGCGAGAUCGAGCAAGUACUUAUUCAACAUCCGAAAAUAGAACUGGCUGUAGUCGUUGUCCACAAAUGCUCAUCAGCAAGCGAAUUAUCCGUAGCUGCAUUCGUUGCACCAUCAUUUAUUUACAUAUCGGAGCUUCGAGAAUACCUAGCGAAAGUCUUGCCUCGAUAUAUGAUACCAACAUACAUAAAGAAACUAGAGGUGAAGGAACUACCAAAGACAUUGAAUGGAAAAAUCAAUCGCAAGAAAUUGGAGGUUGACGAAAGUAUACAUGAUACCAAUGAAACAAAUGGCCAUAGCCAUUUGAAUGAGACGCAGUUGGCUGUUGCUAAGUACUGGUGUAAAGUAUUUAAGUACGACGAGUCCUUCAUAUACUCACUUCAUCGACAAAGCUCAUUUAGCGAAUUAGGAGGAAACUCUUUGCAAUUGGUCCUUCUGCUGAGAUUAUUUGAAGAUGAAAUGAGAGUAAACCUUUCAUUUACCGAUCUCGGUACUGCCGAUACAAUUGAAGAGUUUGCAGAUGUUAUACGUCGACGACGCGAUAUCAAAGCUAGAAAUGAGCAGUGUGAUGUCAAAACAAGAAGCGAGUUACGAGAAAUGAUAUUUCACGACUCUGAGUUAGAUUCAAGCAUAUUCCCACAUCCGGAUAGAAGACGAUCCGUUCAAUUUACACAUUUUACAACACGCAUACACAAAGAUACGCGCAAGCAUCCAAAAAAUAUCCUGAUUUCAGGGGUAACUGGGUUUCUAGGAGCAUUCCUUUUAUCAGAGAUUCUUGAGCAGUCAAAUUCGCAUGUUUGUUGCAUGGUUCGUGAAACCACCGAAGCAAGAGGCAUUGGUCGCAUCAUCGAUAAUAUGCGAAAAUAUAAUCUUUGGAAAUUCGAAUACAGUUCACGUAUUGCUGUGGUUAUAUCAGAUUUGUCACAGAAAAAUCUUGGUAUUGCGCCUGAUAUAUACAAGUCAUUGUGUCAUGCCAUAGAUGUUAUCUUCAUGAAUGCAGCACAGAUGAAUUUCAACACAGCCUAUGAUGAUCAUAGAAUAUCAAAUGUCCAUGGUACUAAAGAAUUCAUAAAGCUGGCAUCUACAGGAGUACAAAAAUAUUUGUUCACUACAUCAUCACUCAGUGUGUUUCUAUUCCCAAAGGAAAAUGUAGAAACUGAUACUGACAGGCGGGUUUGCAAAGAAUCGGAGUUUUUUGAUGAUCCAUUGCUAAUUGAAGGCGGUUACGGUCAGAGUAAAUGGGCAAGUGAGCGUCUCAUCAUGCAGGCCCUUGACUUCCUACCGGGUGGUGCAAUAUUUCGGCCAGCUCGGGUAUCCGGACGAAGUACAGAUGGAGUUGGUCCUAAGAAUGAUCUUUUUGCAUCAACAAUGAUUGGGAUGAAGAAGAUGGGAUCUUAUCCGGAUAUGUCUUUCCCAUACGACUUGACGCCUGUGGACUUCUGUGCAAGAUCAAUGGUCGAAGUAACCUUGAAAGUAUGCAAUUCCGAGAGUGGAACAUACGAAAAGAUUUACCAUUUGUUCAACAAAGAUACGAUACCGUUCCGAGACUUAUUCAAAGGCAUGGGUCUAAAGGGACUUUCACUUGAUGACUGGCGGAAACAGCUAAAACAAAUUGACAGCAGCAACAAGGCACUUAUUCCGCUGACACCGUUCUUUCUAUCAGCAUUUUGGGACAGAGCCCCUGAAUGGCCAGUAUUUGAUACUUCUAACCUCGAUAAAGCUAUAUCUGAUCGUGCCAGAGAACUUAUUCGUCCGUCUGCAGAACUCUUACAAACAUAUAAAACGUUCUUUGGCAUAUAAGAAACUUCUUUGUCUGUAAAUAAAAUCAAUAAAGAACAAAAUUUACAAUCAUGGCCUGUAACAGCGUAAAUAUUAAAAUAAAGCAAAGAUAUUGGCCGAAAUCAAUUAAUUAAUGGUCACUGCAAACUCUUUUCUAUGACACAAGCAUUUUUCAAUCUAAUUCGUAAAAACUCGUGCAAAAUUAUCGGUUUAUGUAUUGAACAAUAAAGUAAUUAGUUAAUGAUAAAGACAAUAAUAUCAUUUAUGCUAAUUUUAUUAAAAUAAACAACAAGAGGAACACAAAGGCGGGGCAAUAUACGCCGGAACGAAACUUUGUUUGCGUAAUCAAAAAUAAUCUUUCAAUAAGGAAAUAAACUCAUUCAUAAAAUUUCACAAAAAAUAUCUUAGAUAUUCUUUUAAUACUAGAUAACCCAAUUGUGGGAGCAUCUUUACCCAGGUGCAUUAUUCAGGUCUGCUUAGCACUGCCACAUGCUAGAUAUAUAAGCGCUGAGCACUGCAUUUUUUUACAAAAAGAUUUGAUGUGUUUUCUAAUACAUCAAUCUACAUAAUGCAUGGUGACGCCAAGGGCAGAGAUAUUUUUGACCUGGUUAAUCGUCAUUGUUAAUAUGAUUUCUGUAGAACUCUAUAAAAUGAUGUUGCAUGCCAAUAUCAAAACUCUGGGCUUUUACAGUAUAGGAGUAAAUAAUUUCAAAAUAUGUUAACAGGGUGGAACCAAUCCUUGCCCAAGGAUAAUGAAUUUUGUCCGUUUUAUAGAGGUCAAAUAAGCUAUGCUAUAUGCCAAAUAUCUAAGCUCUGGGCAUUUUUGUUUCACAAAAAAACUUAAAUAUGUUAUCAUAUACAAGUCUAUAUUAACCAAGUGACCCCUGGGACAGGGCAAAUGUUGACCCAAGGGGUAUGAUAUGAAUCAAUUUUGUGGAGUUUCACAAUUUUUCGAU